UUCAUAGAGACACAGGGGCUCUUUUGCAAAAGUCACUUCUCUUGUAUGGAUAAAAAAAAUCCAUUCAAGCAAGGGAACGGAGAACCCUCCCCGCAAGAGGCAAGCGAAGUGGUUUUCGGACAGAAUUAGGGUUUUAGAGGAUGAGGUGAGUUCUCCUUGACAUCAAAACCCUAAUAGUUUGCGAGGUUUUUUCCUUCAAAAUUCUUCAUAUUUCUAGACUUAUUUUGUUGCUGAGCUUAUUGAUUCUAGAUGACCCAGCCCAAACCCCACUAUAGAAAAUGUUGAUCUCCUCUAUUAGCGCUUUAGUCCAAAUCCCUAAUUUCACAUUCAGAAACCACGAACAACCCAAAAACCAGUUUUUGUUCUGGAAUCUAGCUCUACCUUUGAAAAGAAAUAAUGGGCAGAGAUCAAAACUGAAACUUGGCACCAAAAAAUUGGUGGGCAAGAUUCAAUCAAAGCCUUCAACGAAAUGGGUUUCUUAUGGUGGAUCAAUCCCCUCGAUUUUGAAAUCUUUGAAUGCUGUUGAGGAUCUCGAUGAGGCAUUAAAGCCGUGGGAGAGAAGCCUUAGCAGCAAGGAGAGGACCAUAAUCCUCAAAGAACAGACCAAUUGGAAAAGAGCUCUUCAGAUUUUUGAUUGGUUCAAAAGCAAGGGUUGUUAUGAGAUUAAUGUGAUUCACUACAAUAUCAUGCUUAGGACUCUAGGGAGAGCUAGGAGAUGGGAUCUCAUGAAGUUUCUAUGGAUUGAGAUGAAAUCCAGUGGAGUUACAGCCACAAAUUCAACUUAUGGGACCUUGAUCGAUGCUUAUGCUAAAGGAGGAAUGCAGAGGGAAGCACUUGUUUGGUUAGGGGAGAUGUACAAGCAAGGAAUGGAGCCUGAUGAGGUGACGAUGGGGAUUGUUGUUCAAACCUGUAAGAAAGCCCGGGACUUCCGAAAAGCUGAAGAAUUCUUUAAGAAAUGGUCGUCCGUUGCUAUUGAUGACGAUUCCCUAGAAUCUCGCCGAGGCUGCAGCUUAUAUACUUACAAUACACUGAUUGAUACUUAUGGAAAGGCUGGGGAGCUUAAGCAAGCUUCAGACACUUUUGCUCGAAUGUUAAGAGAAGGCAUUGCUCCUGAUGUAGUUACCUUUAAUACUAUGAUUCAUGUGUGCGGAAACCACGGUUUUUUACAAGAAGUUGGUGCAUUAAUGUCAUUGAUGGAAGAAAUCCGCUGCUUUCCUGACACAAGGACAUAUAAUAUUCUCAUAUCGCUUUAUACGAAGAGUGAUGAUAUUAAUACUGCAGCUGGCUACUUUUUGAAGAUGAAGGUAGAUGGUCUUGUACCUGAUAUUGUUAGUUACCGAACUCUUCUAUAUGCCUUUUCUAUAAGGAAUAUGGUUGGUGAAGCCGAAUUGUUGGUCAUGGAGAUGGGAGAGCAGGGACUUCAGAUUGAUGAAUAUACCCAGUCAGCUUUAACUCGGAUGUAUGUAAGAGUUGAGAUGCCUGAGAAAUCUUGGUCUUGGUUUGAGAGAUUUUGUGAUAAUAUGAGCUCAGAAUGUUUUGCUGCUAAUAUAGAUGCUUUUGGUGAGAAGUGCCACAUCAAUUUAGCAGAGAAAGCUUUUGAUCGCUGUUUGGAUAGGGGUAAAGUAAGCGUCCUUGUCUUCAACGUGAUGAUUAAAGCCUAUGGGGUAUGUAGAGAGUAUGGUAAGGCUUGUGACUUAUUUGAUAACAUGAAGAGUCAUGGUACUUUACCCGAUGAAUGCACAUAUACUUCACUCAUACAAAUCUUAUCGAGUGGCGGGUUGCCUCGUGAAGCAGCACUGUAUCUAAAGAGAAUGCAGGUUAUGGGUUUUAUAAACAAUUGCAUCCCAUUGUCCAUGGUAAUAACGAGCUUUUCUAGGAAAGGUGAUUUGCAAAAAGCAGAAGAAAUAUUCCAAGAGAUGGUUGGGCUUGGCUUGAAACCUGAUAUUGUUGUGUACUCUGCCCUUAUUAAUGGAUUUACUGAAAUUGGAAGUGUUGCAGAAGCCCUGAGCUACGUUAAAUCGAUGAAAAGUUCUGGUUUUGAGCCUAAUGCUAUUGUAUGCAACUCUUUGAUCAAGCUCUAUACCAAAAUUGGAUACUUGCAAGAGGCACAAGAAACUUAUGAACUUCUAAAAGCAUUGGGUGAUGUCCCUGAUGUUUACUCUUCUAAUUGCAUGAUUGACCUUUAUUCUGAGAAUUCUAUGUUGCAAAACGCUGAGGAAGUUUUCUGGAAUCUGAAGCAAAGAGGAGAGGCAAAUGAGUUCUCUCAUGCGAUGAUGUUGUGUUUGUAUAAGAAGUUAGGCCACUUCAGUAAAGCUUAUGAGAUUGUCCAAGAUAUGAAAACACAUGGACUUCUUACUGAAACACUGAGCUGCAAUAAUGUGAUCAGUUUAUAUGCAUCAGAUGGGAGAAUGAAGGAGGCUGUCUUAAAUUUUCGGCAGAUGUUGGCCUCCGGUGUGCAACCUAAUGAUGCUACAUUUAGAUUGCUCGGAGAUGUUUUGCUUAAAAGAGGUGCAUCAGUGAAGGCUAUUAAACAUUUAGAAUUGCUGAGGAAAAAUAAUGCUCAUAGUGGUUUGCAUGAAUGGGUUAAGGCUCUAUGUGCUGUGGUAAGAUUGGAACAUAAUUUGCCGAAAUUUGGUGGUACAUUGAAUGGUCAUUAUGAAUCAAUGAAUCUAGAACACUGUUUUCAUGGCUGACAAGUUCUAAGAUCCUUUAUAUGGAAGGUUCUUGAGCUAAUUUUGGAGAAUGAGUGAAUAUCAGUUGGUAGUUCCAAGCACGUAUAUCAGUUGCUUUUUGGACAUUGUACAGGCCUUAUAAAUGCAAACACAGAAAUUAGAACACCAGAAUAACUCGAGUUGGUUUUUGUUCCAGAUAUUUUAUGGGGAGCUCUGUUCAAGGACCCUGUGAUGGCCAAGAGAACUUGGUUGGAAGUAGGGGUGCAUUCGGUCCGGAUACGGCUCGGAUAUGAUGCUUAUCAUAUUCAUAUCCGCUUACCCAUCUCGGAUACGGAUACGGAUAUACCUCGGGUUGCCGUUGAAACUAUAAGCAGCUGAGGUGGUUCAUUGUUAUAGAACUUGAUGACUGAAUCCGUAGCAUACUAUGAAGUAGUGUUCAUGCAUAUCAUGUAUUUGUGAAUUAACUAUUAUCAAAUAUUGUUUUUUCAAAAAUUUCAGUAACAUAUUGGAAGGAGGGAAUGGUACAAUUGGGACAGCAAUUCUGUAUAGGUGCUAGUACAGUUAUUACAUAACAUUCUGUAUUCCUCGUCAAUGAUAUUAUUGGCAUGAAAUUGUUGGGAGAAUCUGUCCAUGUCAAGUGCGAUAUGGUAAUGAGCUUGUGUGUAUUUUUCGACGGGACUCCCAUGAGGGGCUUAGUUUAGUUGUGAGUUCAUUUGUUUUUUUGAAUAUAAAUUGGUAUUCUGUAGAA